CGUCAGGUCCUGGAACACCGCGCAAAAUAAUUUAAGGGGGAGAGUCAUCGAAAAUAUCUUGACGAACAGAUAAAUUUCAAGCUUCACUUAACGAUAUUUCAAGGAUAAUCAGCGCGCACGCUGUCAUUUAUUUCGCAAGAUCGACAAGAAGGAAAAUCUACAUCUGCAGAGAAAUGAAGUGCAACACUUGUCUCUUAAUGACCCUAACUAUCACAAUCUUGGUCAUUCUCUCCCCGGAGAUAUACGGCAUGCCACCCGCCCAAUGCAGUCCCGGUCUGUUGGACGAGGUACCGCCGAGGAUUCGUAAAGUUUGUGUCGCCUUAUCCACCAUUUAUGAGCUCGGCUCAGCCAUGGAAAACUACAUUGACGAUAAAGUUCCUGUUAUCCACGAGAACAUACCGCUACCAGACAGUGGAGUGAAGCGUCAGGACGUGGACCACGUAUUUCUCCGUUUCGGCAGACGACGCUAAGUUAACAGGGAUCGCGUAGCUUUAACCGAGAUGUCAAGAUGAAAUUUAAAAAAAAAGUACUACAUGGAGAAGAAUUUGAGAUAUUUCAAGAAAUAAGAUUCUUUCAGCUUUUUAUUUUUUUAUUUAGAUUAUUUGUAGAUAGAAUAUUCAUGUAUUACUUGUCAAUUUUGAUGCCUCGGUUACACGUGAAACCAGAGGAAAUGAAGUCUAAAAAGAAACAAUGUAAUAAACAAUUUUCAUUCCAACUCCAUGACUGCUAGAAUUAAUUUUUAAAUUUCUCAUUUAUUGAUUUUCAUGAAUUUUUAUCGUUGAUGCUUAAAAUUCUUUUACGAAAGUUAUAGUAAUAAUUGAAAAAUUGACAAAUUAAAUUAUUUAACGAGACGCUACAGAUGUUACCUAAAUUAAGUAAUAAAUAUACUGAAAGCUACUUGACGUUGAUAACACUGAAAAUCCAAUCCACUGUUCAUUGCUAAAAAUUCAACUAAAAUAACAAUAAUAAUAAUAAUAAGGCAAAAAAAAAAAAAACCAUCACUUACUGGUGUUAAAUAACUAAAUGCAUUUAUCCAGUGGCCGUGAAGAAAAUAACGCCGAUUCUGUUCGUCAGUCGAGUCAUGGCUGUAUUUAAUUACCUCGUCAUUGAGAAUAAUCGAAUGCAAAAAUCCGCGCACGAAAAAAUUUCAUACAAGAACCUAGCUGGAAUAAUUCUGCUUCUUGCCUGCGCGAUUUUUAAAUAGAAAAUAUCAAAUAAAAACUAUUUUAUAGAAAAAAAUAUCUGUAGAAUUCCAUUUGUUUUU